UAGUUGUUCUGCCAUUCUCUCAAAACCUCUCUUUCUUAUAGGAAACCCUAAAUUUUCAGCUUUGCUCGUAUACUCUUUCUAUAUAUAUUUUUUUUCUUGUUUUCUCGUGCUUACUACGUUUUAGUUUUCGUUAGUUUAUUUUAUUUUUAAUUUUAAUUAAAUUUAAAGAUGUCGAGCGCUUUAGAUAUGUCUUUAGAUGACAUCAUCAAGAACAACAAAAAGUCCGGAUCCGGCAGCUUCCGUGGCCGCGGACGAGGAUCUGGACCUGGACCAGCUCGCCGCUUCACAAACCGAGGCUCCAAUCGUACGGCACCGUAUAGCACCGCUAAGGCGCCGGAGACGACGUGGCAGCAUGAUAUGUUCACAGAUCAGGGGGCGGCUUUUCCAGCUCAGCAAGCGGGUCGGGCCCCCGCUAUAGAGACCGGAACGAAGCUUUACAUAUCUAAUCUUGAAUAUGGUGUCUCUAACGAAGACAUCAAGGAACUGUUUUCAGAAGUUGGUGACCUGAAGCGGUACUCAAUCCACUAUGAUAGGAGUGGGAGAUCGAAGGGAACGGCAGAAGUAGUCUUUUCACGUCGAGCAGAUGCUGUGGCUGCGGUCAAGAGAUACAACAAUGUACAGCUUGAUGGGAAACCAAUGAAAAUUGAGAUUGUGGGAACUAACAUCACCACGCCUGCAGCACCUGCAGCAACUAAUGGAAAUGUCAGAAAUUCUAAUGGAUUUUCUAAAGGUGGACAAGGUAGAGGUGGUGCAUUCAGACGGGCACGUGGAGCAGCUGGUGGUGGCCGUGGGUUCGGAAGAGGUCGUGGACGAGGAAGGGACCGCAAUGAGAAGAUAUCUGCUGAUGACCUUGAUGCUGAUUUGGACAAGUAUUAUGCAGAAGCAUCAGAAGCUAUGCAGACAAGUUGAAUGCACAUCAUCUGUCUAAUGUUUAGUGCUGUAUCUUUCUUCUGUGACUAAAUUGUGACGAGCAACAACCUCGAGUAUUUUGUUUAUCUUCUUACCAAAUCCUACUAUUUAGAGAACAAAGAAAAAAUGCUAGAGAGAACUAUUAGAAUGUUGGUUUGUGGAAUUUGGGCUUUUAAUGUGAACUGUUCCUAUGACUUGGGUUUGAAAUUUGGGUAUGGACAGCUGCCAAAAUGUAAUCUGUGACUAUGCUUUUGGUUA